AACAGAGUCUAGGGUUCUUCGAUUUGGUGUUCCGCCUUCCAUCUCUUCAGGUAAUCUUCUCGUCGCGGCGGCAAUGUCUGGAAGGGGAAAGGGAGGAAAGGGAUUGGGCAAGGGCGGUGCCAAGCGCCACCGCAAGCAUCUCCGCGACAACAUCCAGGGCAUCACCAAGCCGGCAAUCCGGCGCCUGGCUCGCAGGGGCGGCGUGAAGCGUAUCAGCGGUCUCAUCUACGAGGAAACCAGGGGGGUUCUCAAGAUCUUCCUGGAGAAUGUGAUCAGGGACGCCGUUACAUACACCGAGCACGCGCGGCGCAAGACGGUCACCGCCAUGGAUGUGGUGUACGCGCUCAAACGGCAGGGAAGGACGCUCUACGGAUUUGGGGGCUAGAGCCUGGAAGAAAUCUCUGGAAAAUUUCUCGUUUCCUCUCCUUUUCUAGCUAGUAGGAAGAAGAAGAUUCUUUCCUUGUCCACUGUAAUAUGCUCUCUCUCGAUCGCUAUAUGAUCCUUCGAUCAAUCUAAACCUUUUCAUAGUUGAUGGUUC